CAUCAAGUACACUUCAUCAUUACAUACGUCUACUAAGAUAAGUGUAAAGUGUGUUUUGUUCAUGGGACUACCCAAUCCACACCCGUACUGGACCGUGGUACAAGGCUCCAUCGGACCAUGGACCUGAGUUUGACUGAUGCUCUGACCGAUGGCGUCGCGCCCCAGUCAGGCUCAGAGGACCUGCUGCAGAGGGACUUUGUUGCAGCUCUAGAGGCAGAGAGCUUCGAUGACAAGGUGGGGGAGACUGUUGGGAAGACAGACUACUGCCCCCUGCUGGACGAGGAUGGGAAAAAGGAAGGCUCAGGGAUGAUGCCAUCAGGACAGACGCCAUACAGCCAGGACCUGCAGGGGGAGAUGUGGUCCUUCCAGGCCGAACAGCAGGCCAUGAACGCUGACUUCCUGUCAGGCUCAAUCUCAGUGGGUGGACUCCCAGGCCAGUGGGGUACCCAGCCCAUGGUCCCUGAGGUGAAGGCCAGCAGCCUGACAGACCCGUUCACAGGUGUGUCCCAGCAGGGGGUGGAGGUAAUGAAUAUGGAUGUGGGCAUGGCCCUGUCCACAGCGAGGCCCCCCAGCAUGGCAGAGCCCCAGCAGCCCCCGCUUCUCAUCGCCUCUGAACCCCCAAAACUGGCCCAGAUGCCCGACAAACCCAAUGAGCAGAAUCCCUUUGAGAGCCCGCUGGACUUCCUGAAUGCCCCCGACACUACUGCAGGAGUCCCAGGUGACCACUGGGCGGGCGAGGGUGGCCUACAGGCGGACCUUCCCAUCACACCCAGCGAUUCCACGGUGAUCAGUUGCCAUGCCGACGAGAUGGCAGAUUUCUCCCCCGAACACCUGGGGGCAGACGAGUGCCAUCAGCAGGGCGGCGGGGUUGGGGAGGAGAGGGGGAACGAGGGAGGAGGCGGCAGGAGGCAGAAAAAGAAGAAGAAGAGGAGGCAGAGGGAGGAGAUGUACGACGUCCUGGAGUUGCAGGGACCGCAGGACGAAAACCACAGCCCCACCGGAGCCUACCCAGGCAUGGACUGGGAGCUUGACGAGGGGGGUAGAAUCGGGGCCAGGGGCAAGAAGGGCAAGAGCAGAAAGAGAAUCCCAGAGGAGUGGAGUGCCCCCCAGGACCUGCCCCAGGGACCAGACGGGGACCCGGACGGCGACCCCUGGUCCACGAACGCCCAGUCCCAGGAGAGCCCUCAGGACAGCCCCACACACGAGGAGGCCCAGGAGUCUCCCAGCACCCCCUCCACACUGAGCUCUGAAGCCCCUCCGUCCGUACUCGCCAGCCUGGACAGUUACCUGGCGGCCGGCGCGGAUGCCUGUGACCCCAGCAUGGAGACGGACAUUGCCCCCCUCCCCUCAGACCAGGCCCGCCCCUCAGACUCCCUGCAGGAGGGCCAGCUGUUAGAGAAAGCCGAGUCUGUGGAGGACCUCUCUGAUUUCCGCUCUCUACUACAGCCUUCCACAAAGGGUGUCCAUGUGUCCUCUGUCCCACCCCUCUCCCAAACCCCUAAUCCUUUCCAGGUUCCGUCACCCACCGAAACAGCGGUCCCUGCCCCUGUCCCACCCCUGUCUCCAGCACCCUGCGAGGACAGCCUUCUGGUGGGAUAUUCUUCUCCCCCAACCACCGCAGAGACUCCAGGUCCCAAAGGUGACCUUGUGUCCGCUGACCUCAACGAGCCCCUUCCUCUAAGCCCCUCCCUCGCUCCUCAGCCCUCUUCCCAGACCCCUCCCUUCACCAGCUCUUCCUCCGCACUGUCUGGUUCCUUCCCCAUGGUGAGCUCGGCCCUGAACCCCACAGCCCCGCCCUUUUUCCCCAGCCAGUCAGAUUUCGGGGAGCCCCGGCUGGAGGACUGGAGAGCAGACGAGGGGCCGGCACUCCCUUCAGUGACUGAAGUGAAAACUGAGAAGGCUGACAAGCCAGAAAAUGUGGAAAAGAUGGAUAGCUUCCCAAAGAUGGAGAAACUAGACAUGUUUGGGAAGACAGAGAAGCUGGAGAUGAGGGACACACCGGAAAAGGCAGAAAAGAUGGACAGCUUGCAGGUGAAUGAGAAACGUGAUGCGUUUGAGAAGACAGACGAGCUGGAAAUGUUGGAUAAAGAGCGUGAUUUGCAAAAGGCAGAUAAGGAGGAGGAAUUAGAGAAAGACAAGACUGAGGAAGACAAGAAGGAGAAAGACAAGCCUAAGGAAGACAAGCCCGAGGAAGAUAAGACUCAGAAAGACAAGAUUGAGAAAGACGAGUCUGAAAAAAUCAAGGUUGAGAAAGAUGAACCUGAGAAAGACAAGAUUGAGAAAGACAAGCCGGUGAAAGACAAGCCAGAGAAAGCGAAUCAGCAGAAGACUAACAAAGCAACUGAGAAGCCCCAGAAGAAAGAAAACGGCAUGAAGACUAGCAAAGUGACAGAGAAGGUGACCACCAAAGCAGCUGGUCGAUCUGCAGCAGCUAUUGGGACCCGUGCAGCACCGGGCAAGGACCUGCCCAGCCCUGAUAAGAAGACAAAGCCGGCUGUUGGGCCUGCCAGGCCAAGCUCUGCCAAAACGCGGCCAACCUCGCUGCCCUCCGGGCCCGCCGCUCCCAAACGCCCUCUCCCUACCUCCAGCACCUCCUCCGCCCCCAGCAAAAAAAUCCCUGCCCCCACCAAGGCCAACACCCCCCCCACUGGUGCCAAGCGGCCCAUGCCCCCCGCUGCCAGCCGCCCCACCUCCACCACUCAUGAAGCCAAGCCCAAGACUGAAAGACCCCCUGUGUCAAAGGCCAACACGGUGAAAUCCUCCACCCCUAAAAAUGGGUCCCCCGCUACCACCACCACCUCUAAACCAGCCGGGGUGCCCCGUGUGCCCCUGUCCAAUCGCACGGCCAGCAGCGCCCCUUCUCUGCGGCGCACUACGCUCCCCAAGACCGAGAACAAAGCGGGCGAGACCAAGAAGCUCAGCACUCUAAAGACCACGACGGCAGACAGUAGUCGCCCCAGAAGCAGCCCUGGCACUGGGGUCAGCAGUAUGGCCCGCAGCCGCCCCACAAAACCCCCCACCCCCGCCUCUACGGUGCCGGACAGGAAGGCCCCUGGCCCUCGGGCCCCUCGGUCCUCUGCCCGCCCCAGCACCGGCCCCUCACCUGACAUCAAGAACGCCCGCUCCAAGAUCGGCUCCACCGACAAUAUGAAGCACCAACCUGGUGGGGGCAAGGUUUCAUCAGCACAGGGCAGGACUGACACCCUGGCAAAAUGCCCCCUCUCCAAAGAGACCAGCCAGGGCAAAGUUCAGAUAGUCAACAAAAAGGCGGACUUCAGCCAUAUUACCUCACGCUGUGGCUCCAAGGACAAUAUGAAGCAUGUUCCCGGGGGGGGAAAUAUCCAGAUUCUGAACAAGAAAGUAGACUUGAGCAAAGUUACCAAGUGUGGCACCAAGGACAAUAUCAAGAAUAAACCAGGAAGUGGUGAUGUGAAAAUCCAAUCCCACAAGGUCAACAACAAAGUUCCGUCCAAAGCCGGGUCAAUGGAUAACAUGAACCAUGAGUCAAAGGACAGCCUCGCCAAGGGAGAUGGAGCUCCCUCUAGUGGUGCCCAGGACACUGCACCAGAAAUAAUAGCCCAGGACAACGGCCUGACACAGACGGCCAGUCUGGUUGAAGGGUUUUGGGACCCCCAGGGCCCGGACACACGCAUUCCUGAGACAAAUUGAGGCGCUGAAGGUGCGUUUUGCUGAAACAACCUGGCCCCACCUGCCUGCAGUGCAGCCCUCUCUCAGUGAUUCUCUUGGGUCUGCCAGCUCCCCCUCCCCCUCCUGUCGCCCCUCCUUCUCAACAACACGCUAGCAUGACGAGGAACUCCAUCUCCGUCUUCUCAGCUCCCACACUAACACACACACACGCAAACACACACGCACGCAGGAACAUACACACUUUUCACACCUCCACCUUCCGCCAAAAAUGCGACACACUAAGUUAGAAACGUUUAGAUUGAACGGUAGUCUAUGACUCACAUACGUCUGUGUGUUUGGUGUCCAUGUUUGCAUAAUUAGUGUAACAGAUGAACUGUGUUCUGAUUUCUUUACCUCUUCUUUGUUGCACUUUGUUUCCAUUUCCGUUUUCUAAUGAAGGAAAUCAGUCCUUGCCGAGUGGGCACACAGAAUCGUACACGCACGGCGAUGUCGUGAAGGAACGCUGGGAAAAUGGCCGUCUGGGCAGGCGUGAGCUCACUGGUCACACGACUCAGACUUUCCCAAGAUAUUAUUGUAAUUAGAAUGUGGAAGGGACAGGCUUUUCCCCAUCACUACUGUCACUAAGACACGUGUACACCCAGUGGUGCAGUUACACAGACAGGCUUGCGGCUGUGAGUAUGUGAACGGGGAUAAACUAGCAUUCUGAAAAAGUGAGGGAGAGUCAGAGGUUAUUCAUUCUGCCUGUGAUACUUGUACUGAAUGAAAAAAGGCAAGUGUUCCCAUGCCCAGGCAGAAAUGAAGGGAUCUGUGUUUAAUAGAAGGGCCAGGGCAAGCAGGUAAGCUUUUACUUUAUUGUGAUUAAAAUGUAUUGUGAACAUGAAAAUAACCCCUAAAAGGAUAUGUCGAGUAUGGGCUGCCCCCUUGUAGAGGCAAAGGGACUCUAUACCUAAAAAGACAGAGACAGAAGACCAAUAAUAUUGUUUAGCCUAGCAGACUCAUAAACCUUAGAGCCACAAUACUUCAAUUAAUUAACUGUGACUUGAUUUGUGUGACUAUUGCUUCUCUCUUGCCCAUGCAUUAGGGCAUAUGUUUUUUUUAUUAAUUAAUUAAUUAAUUAAUGGGAAUGGCCAUAGAUUAAUAUUUCUGAAGAAUGUCAUGCAAUAUAGGCAAUAUUAUGUCUGUGUGGUGGGUGGGGGUUCCUUAAAGGCAUACUAUUCUGGAUUUUUCAUUGAAAAUUUUAUAAAACAAACAUGCUCAGACAUUACUAAGAUACACUGGCGACAUGAGUCUGUGUUGACGUCUGCCCAAUACCUUGCCUAUCUGCUUGUAUUUCUUAUUCUAAAAACCUUUUAGGACAUUUCUGGGUGUGGCCUUUUCUGUGCUGUAUCUGACUAAGCUCAUAUGCUCUAUGGUCCAAUAGAAGAAGAAGGUGGAGGAGGGCAAGAGGAGACAUGUAUGGAUUGGCUACUACUGUAGUGAUCUGGGUUUGUGAGAGAUAGCUUUGGUGGCAAACCAUUACGCAAGUGUUAGGAGAACGGUAUAAUUUUGCAUCGAUGUAUGCAUUUUGCAUACUUUUGACUGACUGCUAUGACUGCAGCUAUUACUGCAUUUUUUUAAAGAGACGUGCAGCAGUCUGCACAAUGUUAGCUACAAACCCUCCUGGCAAAGCUAGCCAGAGUAAAAUAUCUGUUCCAGAUCCACUAAGCUAAAGCUGGCUAUGCAGUAAUGCUGGCUACUUUGCUGCAUAUGACAGCAAAGUGGGUUUUUGCUAUCGAAAAUGUCAGUCAAGCAUUUUGGUAGAGCUAUGCUUGCAAUUGACUGCUUGACUGGUAUGAAUGAGCUAUUUUUGAAAGAGAUGCUAGAACUUAGUUAACUAUAGCUACUAACUAUAACUAAAUACAAACACAAGUAAUAUCAGUUAAAUAGCUAGCCAAAUGAAUUAUUAGACUGUGGUCAUCCUGGAGGUGUAGGCGGGGUUGAGAAUGGGGCCGUAGACGUUUUUUGUGUGUAAACAUAGGAGGGAAGCAAGGAAAGAAAUCCUGCAUAGUAUGCAUUUAAAGCUGAAGAGGGCUGUCACAUCUACAGUAUCUUGCACUUGUCUUGUAUCAGUAGUAGGCCGUCUGUACGCUUUCAAUAUCUGUAGCAAAGGGGUGAUAAUAAUGUAACGCUGCAACUGUGGAAAGAGUGUGAUGGGAUGUCACAAUGGGCACAUUCACAUUAAUUAAUAUUACAAAUACAUAAAUACAUUUAGGGUGCAUUUUUGCAUACACUUCCUUCAGUGCCUUGAGGGAGGGGGGGUUGGAGGGGGUGGAGAGAGCUUUGCCUGGCUGGGGGCAGAAAGAGGGAGAGGAGCAGUAGAGAGAGAGCAAGAACAGAGGGAAUAUCCAGCUGUAAAUCUGAAACAAGCUUGAGGGAGGCGUGAGGACUAAGGCUAUCUGAUAAAACAUGCAGAUCUGUGUGUGUGUGUGUGUGUGUGUGUGUGUGUCUGUGCGCAUACCUGCACAUGCACAUGUGAGCACGUGUGACUCCUGUUCCCACUGCUUCUGACUGCUGCUUAAGCUGUUAAGACCAUAUUGUAUACUUUAGCAUGCCCUAAGUAUAACUAUGUGCACCUAUAUUCACGUAUACUAAAGUUAACAAAAGUAUAUGUCAGCAUGCAUUCAUUCUAUACACUUUAAUUUUUAAUAUAUAAGUGUAGUAGAGUAUAAAAGAGUAAAUUUCAAGUACACUUCAGCAUACUAUUUUGAUCACAUGUGAACCUACCUUCAUCACUCCAGAUUAGCAAGAGAAAUACACGAGACAUGAGGCAUCUGCAGUCGGACCCCAUAGUCUGUAUAGUGCUCCACCAUUAUACAGAGUAAUGCUAAGAAUGCAGAGCUAAGGACCGGAAUUAUUACAAAGUAGCACCUUAAUUUAAUGUAUUUGUUAGAGGCUUCUGUUAGGAGAAUGUGCAUCCCUCCCUAAACACACUGGCAUAAUGGUAGAGGACCCCUUUUCACCAAGUGAAGGAAACUAAAGCUGAUGACAUGCUGAAAAAUAGUUGCAACACAAAUAUGAGUUUUUAAAUAAUGUUUUUAAGUUUUGCAUUUUUGUAAAGCAACAUAGAGGUGAUCAUUUUUGACUGAUAAGAUUGGAGAAUCCAAACUAUUUCAGUAAAAAUGCCUGCACAAAAGAUUUAAAAUAUACUUUGAUGUAGUAUUUUUAGAUAUCUGCCUUGUGAAGUACAACAUGAGUGGAUGCUGAAUGUAUGGUGGUUCCCCUUGUGCUGGGUGGGCUCACUGCCGCAGCUACUCAGCUUUGUGUCCCUGGUGCAGUGGCCCUUAGACUGAUUUUAGUGCCUGCCUCACCCUCAUUCAUAUUCCAUGAUGUUUCUAAUAGUUUUCACACUUCUGUCUGUCUUCACACAGUUGUAUAUAAAUGUAUGUCUUAUAAAUACACUAUCACCAUGGAAAAAAAAAAAAAAACUUUUUAGGGGCUUAUGUAUUUUAAGUGCAGCUGUAACAUUAAUUUACCUUUAACUAUUCUGGACUCUUGAGAGUGUUUUUUCCCCCCUGAAAGUCAGUGUUUGUCUCUUUUGAAAAAGGGCUGAAGUAAAAGAAUGUUUUUUAAUCAAAAUGUAUUAGUGUAGAUAUACUGCAGUUUAUGUUUUUGUUUUUUUUCCUGACCACUACAAGGGGUACCUGACAUUUUAUUACAGAGGCUAACAGACAAGAGUGUUCUGUCUCUCUGACUCUUUGCUUUGGCAGUACACCACAGUCUAUUCCUCUUACACCCAAUUUUAAAAGCCAUUUACGUAUACAUUACUAUUAAUAUCAGUGUGCCACGUGGGAAUUGAAGACCCCCUUGGAUAUUAAGUGGGCAGAGCGAUGAGGAGUAAUAAUACAACAGAGUUGGUCUGAAGUGUCUGAGAUGAAACUCUUGUCAGUUGACCUGUUCAUAUUGAAGAUCCCACGUUCUGCAGUGUGCUCCUGGAAAAGUAGUGAGGAGCUUCCCUUUCAUACAUACUACAGCACUCUGAGUGUCUACACGCACUAAUAGAACACACAAGAAGAGCAUGUAGAAGACAAUGGAUUUGUUAGGUAUAUUCUGUCAUAUACAGGAUUCAGUUCUUUUUCCUUUCAUUUGGAACUUUUAUUGUAUGGCUUGAAUGAGAUGAUUAUUAUUGUUAAUUGUUAACUAGUGAUGUGCUAUUAAUCAUGUAAUAAAAUAUAAAAAAAAAUGUGUUUGUCUAGUUCUUUAGGCUACAUAGUGCUGUUAAGCUUACUGGGAUUCAAAAAACGGAAUCUGAGACGAUAAGAUUACAGUUACACAGUUCCUGUUCAGGGUUUACCGUUGCAAUUGAAUACACAGCAAAUAUAUUUAAAGGUGCAAUAGUUAAUUUUGGACUCCUAACGGUCAAGAGAGAAAUUCUCUGAAGGCACCUACAGGUAGUGUUGCUUUCGUCAACGAAAAUUAUGAUGAAAUAUCUUCGUCAACGAACCUUUAUCACGUGAUGAAAACGAGACGCAACGAAGAUGCUGGUCACGUGACGAUAACAAUAAUAAAAU